UGUUACCAAGCCGAAAAUCGUAUAUAUUUCCAAUAACAAAAUAUUAUGAAUAGAUUUAAAAAAUGAUCAGGAAAAAGGGUGUCACCAACGUCAUGUAAAUGUAAAAUAAAUCCGAAAUAAACGUUUAUUCGAUUAGUACUGUCAGCAGUAAAAACUGUUGGAGCGGAAAGUGUGCAGGUGAAUAAGGAUUACUUAAUGUUAAAAUGUUUGGUUUUCUUUAGCUGUAAAUUGACAAAUAAUAAAAGUAUGACAGUGAGCCUGUUGAUAAUUUGCCUUUUGGUGGCUUCCGUCAGUAGCCAUGGGUUAUACGUACCAGGUCAAGCAUGCGUAGACAUGAAUCCAGUAGGACAUUUAGAUUCAGAAGGAAAUAAGGCCUAUUCACAAACAGUAUCAUCUCCUUACAAAAUAUCGAUCAACAGCACGACCUACACAGCUAAUUCGGUCAUUGAAGUAUUUGUAUAUGCCAAUGGUGACCAUGGCUACACUUUUUACGAGGGAAUGCUUUUACAAGUUCGCCGUGGUAACUGUGACCAUAAGUACACAGAUGUGGCAGUUGGCAACUUUAUGCUUGAUAUUGGAGAAGAUUUUCUAACAACGAUCUCUUGUACUAAUCUGGAUGAUACAGUUGGCCACAUGGCACAUGCGCAUAUCUAUAACAGGACAUUUUAUUGGAAAGCGCCCCCAGUGACAGAAGGUCCACUGUUUAUUAGAGCAACGAUUGCUAGGCGCCAGAGAACCUUUUGGAUGAAUGUUGUAUCAGAAUUCAUUAUGGAUCCUGGAAGUUCGGUCACCCCCGAAAUAUGUAUUGAACCACCAACCAUUUGUUCAGCCACAAUACAUAAACUGUCGAAGUUACUUGUACUUGCUUUGACUGUUUACAUAUUUAUUAUAUAUCAUUCAUAUUGAAAUUGAUUAUUAUAUUCAGGGAUGGAAUACUGUCACAACAUCAAAAUUUUAUUCCUGAACUGAUAUGAACAGAAUUGAUAUUCUUAUAUCUCAAAAUUUGAUUUUUCAAGAGAAUUUUGUUCUGAAAUGGGCCUUAUUCAGAGAGUGGAGAGAUUGAUUUCUGCUAAAUAUGUAUACAGCUCUGAAGGUCUGACAAUUAUAAUUAUAAUAAAAAUAAUAAUUAACCUUUCUUCGAAAGUUAGUUUUCUUUUCUCUCAAUGUUUACCUUAUAUACAUGUUUGACUAUUUAUAAACACAAUUUCAAUUGUAUUAGUUUAAUUAUUAAAAUUCUGUAAUAUAA